CAACAAGUGGCUAUAUAAGAUUGCAGCCGGCCAGUCGGGAAAAAACAAACCCGUAGAUAUGUGGCUGUCGCUUAUCUUUAUUGCCUGUCUAGCCGGCGCAAGCAGUGGCGACGAGAAGAUCCCGGUGGAGCAGGGAUUUGUGCCCCGCUACACUCCGGUGGCCGAGAGCAAGCGACAGGAUCUGGAUUUACCCGCUGACGUAGGCAUCGAGCAGCAAAAGAGACCUGCUGCAGGCGAUAAGAAACCCUGGCGACGAGUGCAGUACGGAUACGAUGGAGUGCCGACUGCUGCCUGGGCUGCUCCAUCUCCACCAGCUGCCAUACUGUCCAUCCUGAAUCCUCUGCUUGCACCGGGAUUGCUUCUUUUGGGUGUGAAUUUGGGAGCCCUGCUGUACAUGCUGCUGGGACUCCUGGGCUUGGCUCCUUAUCGCAGUGGCAGCGCCAGUCGGUUAGCCUCGCAUCCGGAAACCAACUCCCAAUUCUGGCCGUGCGAUCAAAGCUUCUACCACCGAGACGACAGACACAAUUUGGAUGAGGGCAAGGAAACGGCUGUAUAUUUUUAGUUAGAGCGCGUAACGCAAAGCUUUCUUUCAAUUUAUCAAAACAAAUAUAAAAAAAGUACAUAAAU